AUGAAUCAUUUAAUCAGAUCUCAUAAUUCAAAAGGAAGAAUAAAAACAAUUAUUAAAAAUGCUCCUAUUGAAUUAUGGUACAACAUAUUUGACCAAGAAAUUACAAAUGCAAUAAUACAGCAUCCAUUUGUCGAACAAUUUACCUGGAUUAGACCAAAUUGUGAAAAUGUUGAUAUGGAAGAACCGCUUUUGCAACACAUAGUUGGAUCAAAAUUUUAUUUAUUUGAGAAUAUUUUCCCCAACAGCAUUAUAUCAAUUCCAUUUAUUCAAGAGUCAAUUGUUAACAAUAACGCUGCAUUUAUUUCACUCCCUAACUUGCUAAUUGAUUCUAACUGUACAUUUUCUGUUUUUCACAAACAAACCAAAGUGCCUCACAAUGAAGAAAUAUCUGAGUUGCUAGCGAUUAUUAGAACACCAAAUACACUAUUUAGAAAUGUGAUAAACGUUGAUAAGUUUAUGAAACAACCACCGCAUAUGAAAAAAACGAACUAUUUUUCAUUUCACAAAAUCGAGUUGAAUGACAAGUCAUAUUGGAACGAUAAAUCUGAGAAACUGGCUAAGCUUCACGAUAAUUUCCAAGGAAAUAAUCUUUAUGAAGAAUACUUUAGUUCAGUAAUAGAUGAGGUACCAAAUGCCCACACUGAACUUUAUCCAUUUUUUUUUAAUCCAUUACUUAAUGAUUCCAAAAACAUAAUUCACCCAAAUAAUUAUAAGAAAAAUGAUAAAUAUAGAUGUAUUUUUUGUACUGUUAGAAAUAUAACUAUGAAGGAUUACUGUUAUUGUAGCGCGAUACAAGAAUCUAAAAAUCCACCUACUGAGCCAUCAUGCAAAAGCUUUUCAUAUGAUACCAAAGGAUUAGGAAAUAAUCCAUUUUAUCUUUCAUUACAAAAGCAAUUUGGUCCCUCAUUUUUCACAAAAACGGGUUUUUUGUGCUACUUUGAUAAAGAAAAUUUAUUCGAUUUUGAAAGUGAAACUCAACUUUUAAAAAAUCUUGAAACUAUUUUGUGCUUAAACGGCUCCCCAAAUGCAAAAAUCACACCGAUCAAUGUUAAAUUGAUUACAGAACAAAUUGAUAAAAAGUUAAUAGAAGGCAAAGGUUAUAAUAGCAAAAGCUUAAAUAUUGUUUUUGAAAGCAACGAAACAAAUAAUAAGUAUUUGUCAGAAAUGUUAAUUUUCAUUGAUUUGAACAUUGUAGCAUCACUAAUGCAAAUUUCACUUAAUGCUAAAAUAUCUAACACUAAGAUUUUUGAGCAGAUAAUCGAAUACUUUGAUAUAUUGAUUCAUCAAAACUUGUUUUCUGAUCAUCUAAGACUAAUUAACCCGCUUUAUUGUUGGGAUUCAAGAUUUGAACAAUCUUCUAAUACUGAUAUAUUUGAUAUUUCUGAGGUGUGUAAUAUAUUGAAAUUUGUUUCAUUUAAAGAAGCUCCAAAAGAAAUUAUUAAACUAGAUGGUUUACUAAGGCCAACGAUACUACAGAGACUUAUUUGGUUUGCUACAAGUCAAGUUGCAACUGGGACAUAUUUGUGGAGUUUAAUCCACUUAAAAGGUGUUGAAAACUCUCCGGUUUCAAUUAAUUAUAAACCUCGUUUUAAUGACGAAAACAAAAACUCUGUUAAUGAUUUGUAUUUAUUAAUAUUCCGUAUAAAUGGAGAAAUUAACAUUUUGUGCAUGUCUGUUGUUAAUCAUAAUGAUGCAAAUUUAUAG